AUGACACCAGACCCUACUCCUGGCGAACUGAGUCUAUCCUCAUAUACCGCCUUUCCAGGUCACUCAGCGCUCAAUGACAGCCAAAGACACAAUUCAAACAGCGCUACUGCUCCUAUGAGACAGUCACUACUUCACACCUCGAGCGACGAUACCUCAACUGGAGCAGCGUCCAGACCUUCAUCAGCUACAGUUUGUCACGACAGCCAUACUCUCAAUCAGAUUUUACCUCCGAAAAGAGACCUGCCAUUUCCCAGACAACAGGCAAAGAGACCGUUUCCAACAUUGCUGCCACGAGCUUCUACCAUGUCACACACAGACGCAUAUAAGAAAAUGCCUACUACAGCUACACAACCAACACUUAGCACACGGACACUACCCCAAAACCAAAUAGACACAGAAAAGACGCACAAUUCAAGAGUUAUUACGCUCAGAUACCGCCCAUCCACACACCCACCGCCCAUUCAAAUAGAACCUACCCAUAGUCAAGCCUCCCACAGACCUAGUCUUACACACCCGAACGCUACACCACACAUACUACCUACUCACGAUUCUCCACUUGCGAUCCAGCAGGAUGCACCUUCCCUUCUGGAACAACGUCCAACUAUUAGUCUCCAGGAGCCUCAACAUAACCUCCUCACUGAAGCAGAUCUCUCAGUAUAUCUGGCGUCGCCGACUGCGGAGCGUACACAGAAGCUGGAGAACUGGAUCUGCAGGCGCAUCGAAGACGACGGGUUUUUGCGGCUUUGUGAGGAUGUGGAAGGAAUAUGGAGA